ACAGACAGAGCUGGGAAUGAAUCAGCGAGACACGGAGUGGGAGCAGGGGACCGAGUAAGGGCAGCCCCCAGCCCCCAGACCCCAGCCCCAUGGGCCGGUACAAGUCUCUCCCCACUGCUGGUAGAACAGCUGAGGCUCCCUAAUUCUUGCUGGUGUUUGGGGACAAACUCUGAUGGGAUAGUGACGCCCUGUCCUCUUGGAUUACAGUAAUACAAACUCCCCGGAUCGAGUUGAUUUGUCUGCAGUCGAGGUUCACUGGAAGACCGAGGAUGGCCACCUCAGCAAUACGGCGGCAAAUGAAGAACAUUGUCCACAACUACUCUGACGCUGAGGUAAAGGUUCGAGAAGCCACGUCCAAUGACCCAUGGGGGCCCCCCAGCUCUCUCAUGUCCAACAUUGCUGACCUGACUUUUAAUGUGGUGGCAUUUUCCGAGAUCAUGGGGAUGAUUUGGAAGCGUUUGAAUGACCAUGGGAAGAAUUGGAGACAUGUCUAUAAGGCAUUGACCCUGCUGGAUUACCUCAUCAAAACCGGUUCAGAGAAAGUGUCGCAACAAUGCAAGGAGAACAUCUACACUGUGCAGACCCUGAAGGAUUUUCAGUACAUUGACCGGGAUGGUAAAGACCAAGGCAUCAAUGUGAGAGAACGGGCCAAACAACUAGUUGCUCUACUGAAAGAUGAAGACCGCCUGCGUCAGGAACGAGCUCACGCACUGAAAACUAAAGAGAGGAUGUCCCAGGUGACAACAGGUUUGGGCAGUAACCAGCAACCUAACUUUGGCCGAGGGUCCAGUCACCCGAACCUGUCUUCAUACAGUUAUGGAGAGGAGUUUAGAAAGUCAAGAGCUGGAUCUCCGGUCUCCCUCAAUGAAUCUUCUUCCUCAUCUCCGAGGUUUAACCCUGAUCUGGAGCAGGCCAGACCCCACACCAGUGGUGAGGAGGAGUUGCAGUUACAGCUCGCACUGGCCAUGAGCAGAGAGGAAGCAGACAAGGCAACACAGCAGCCAAGCACAGAGUCCGAUGAAGAAAUCCAGCUGCAGAUUGCAUUGAGUUUGAGUAAAGAGGAGAAUGAGAAGCAACUAAGAGCGAGGUCGUCCCUUGACGAGGAUGAUGAGGAAGCGGAUGAAAAUCUUCAGAGAGCCUUGGAACAAAGUCGCAAAGAGACUGAAAUAGCCAACGGGAGAAAUGAGUCCUCGCUGCAGGAACUGGCUGAUAUCUUCGGGGGCUUGGUGACAGCAACAGAAACCAGAGCUGAUCCAUGGGACACCAACACCCAAAGUCAUCCCUGGAGGAGCAGUAACGUGGCCACUACUCCUUCGGCAGGCUGUCCUGAGCUCUGGAACACUCUCGGUACAAAAGCAUCUGUCCCGUGCGCUGCAACUUCCUGGCCAUCUUUAGACACCAAAACUGCUGCCUCUCCACAGAUGUGGGACACAGAACCCUGGGCUCAGACGUCUGACCCAGCAGCUACCAGCCAGUCCAGUGUAGAUCCAUGGGCAACAGUGUCAUCUGCCAGCGUCUCGGGCACUCUACCAGGUGCCAGUGUGCCAGACAGUUCCACCUUUGACCCCUUCACAAGUCCAGGGGAUUCUGCGCUGGAUCAGUUUGCAGAGAGCGCCUGGGUCCAGUCUGCAGCAACUGUGUCCGAUAGUCCAGCGGGAAAGAUGGACCUGUUUGGUGAAACUGUUCCGAGCAUAAAGCAAAAUGGCAGCACUAGUCCUGAUGUCUUUGAAAUGAUCGAAGUAGGGAACUCCCUAAAGGACUCUUCAAAUGGGCCUCACCGGACUCCAGAAUUAUUCCUGGAUCCUAAUGCUGCAUCCCUGGUGAAUCUGGACUCAUUGCUCUCUGCACCUUCUCACAAUCUUAAGAGCAAGAAUCCUUUCCACACAUCAGGAGGUCUCGGUUCAGCAUCGACAUCCAACCCUUUCCAAGUCACCGGCCAGAAUAAACUGACCUUGAAGCAGAUUCAGAACAGUGCUGGUUUUGCCCAACCUACCAUCAUGGGCAGUGGCACUGUAGGAAUGGGCAGGGCAUCAAUGCCCUUCAUGGCACCUCUACCCAGUGCCACAGGCUGCAUGUCCACCACCAUGGCUCACCCUACAGCAUUCAAUGGUUUACCCCAGGGGGCAGGCAUGAUGCCAGCCACAAGAAUGGCAGUGGACAAUAGUCAUUGCUUUAGCCAACCACUGCUACCAGUUUCUACAGCUGCUGGAAUGCCUCAGCCAACCACAAGCCUGAACCCCUUUCUCUGAGGUCAGUGACCUUUAAUUAGCCUAUAGGAGCUGUGUUUAUAGCGGGGGGUAUAUCCUACCUGGUCAUUAGGAACACUGUCCCAUGCUGCUUCAGUGGGAUUAACUGGAGUGACUUUGCAAAUAUAUAUUGAGGCUGUUUAAUUCUUCAAAAAUAAACAUUUAAUUUUAUAUCACUG